AUGACGGCUGGCCAGCAAACUAUCCUUAGAGAAUUUGCACAAUUUGUUGUGUCCCGUAUAAAGAGCGGCCUGAAGGGCGUUUCCAUACUGGCCUCUCCGAGCGUCGACAUUGGCUCCAUGCUCGAGGAGUUGCUUCAAAAUCUAAUCGUGCCCUCCAAAAAAAGCAACGUAGAGGGCCUUUCCGUAUGCUCCACCCUGGACUUUGGGGUCGGCGGCGCGCUCGAGCAGUAG